CGGAAGCGCUCGCGCGGCGCAGCUUCCCCUCAGCGUUGGGGGGGCAGUGGAGGCGGCGCCAUCUUGGCGGAGCCGUGCCGGGAGCUGCGGGGCUCGUCCGAGCGGCGUGUCCGUUAAGUUGAUUUUACAGAAUUUAUCAGGUCUCCAAAGCAGAAACAGGUGAUUUUUGCUGUGGGUUGAGCUCAGCAUGGCUGUAGUCAUCCGUUUACAGGGGCUUCCUGUUGUUGCGGGUCCUCCAGAUAUUCGUCGUUUCUUCUUGGGAUUGAAUAUUCCUGAUGGAGGUGUGCAUAUUAUUGGAGGAGAGAUUGGGGAGGCUUUUAUUAUAUUUGCAACAGAUGAAGAUGCACGGCGUGCCAUGAGCUGUUCGGGAGGGUUUAUCAAGGACUCGCGGAUAGAGCUCUUUCUCAGCAGCAAGGCAGAGAUGCAGAAUACCAUUGAAAUGAGCCGGAAACGAUUUGACCGUGGGGGACGAGAAACUAUGUCUGGCUCUAGAAGAACAGGUACUAAUGGUUCUGGUACAUCAAGUAUUGGAGACAUACCACAUUUAGUUACAGUUUCUCCAAAAGGAAUAAGAAAACCUAAUUAUGGGCCACCAAAUCGCCUGGAGGCUGGUUUCCAUACCAAYGGCACAAGACAUGGUGAUAUGGGUAUAGCCAAAUCUUACCAGUUAAGAAAGGAUUCUCACCCAUUUAACCCAGAUGAUCGUUACUUAUUUCUACGUGGUAUACCUUACUCUGCAACAGAAGUUGAAGUCCGUGCUUUCCUUUCGGGGAUACGCGUGGAUGGAGUGAUUCUGAUAAAGCACCGCAAUGGUUUAAACAAUGGUGAUUGCUUGGUAAAAUGUGCUACACCUGGUGAUGCCUUAGAAGGACUUAAACGUCAUAGACAAUACAUGGGUCAGAGAUUUAUAGAAAUUAGUCCAACUACAGAGGAACGGUGGAUUGAAUGUGGUGGGAGGAUAGACAUACCAGAUGAAAUGGAUCACUUUUUGGGCGAAAACCAUUCUCCAAGAAGUUCAGGCUACAUGCAUUCAAGGAAGCAUUCUCGUUCAAGAUCACCAAGGAGACAAAGAACACAUUCUCGUUCAUCUCCCAACCAGGAAUAUUACAUACACUUAAGAAAUUUGUCUUUUAAUGUGGAGAAGAGAGAUUUGAGAGAUUUUUUUCCUGAUCUGGAUAUACACAGCAAACAGAUCAAGAUUCUAACAGAUAAGCAUCAGAAAAGGACUAGAGAUGCCUUUGUGGUGUUAAGGAGUGAGAGAGAAUAUCAGGCUGCUUUGGAAUGUCAUAGAAAGGUUCUUCUCAAUCGUCCUGUUUACGUUUUUCCAAUUUCAAGAAAGUCAAUGUUGAAAAUAAUUGACUCUUGUGAGAGGAAAAGAUCACUGGACAGGGAUCAUCUUGGACAGGCCAUAUCAGAAAAAAGUUACCGGGAAGGUCAUUGCAGCCCUAAGACGUGUGUUUAUGUAAGGAAUUUUCCAUUUGAUGUGUCAAAAAUUGAAGUGCAGAAGUUCUUUGCAAGAUUUGAUAUUGAUGAAGAUGAUAUUUACUUGCUCUAUGAUGAAAAAGGAGUUGGACUGGGAGAAGCACUAGUCAAGUUUAAAUCUGAAGAACAAGCCAUGAAAGCAGAAAAUUUAAAUCGUCAGACAUUUUUGGGAACAGAAGUAUUAAUAAGACUUAUAUCUCAGGACCAGAUGCAGAAGUUUGGUGUACCUGCACCAUUAUCUGCACCAAAUGAAAUGCACAGUCAUUCACAUCCAUAUGACAGAGGUGACCUCUCYCGUCCAGUUGGUUCACCAUCUGGGCCACCACAAGGGCCACCCAUGCAUUCAUUUGGUCCCCCUGGGAACUUUAGGCAUCAUUCUGAAUUUAGACAUCCCCCUGAGGACUUCAUGUGCCCUCCUAAGGAUUUUAGGGGUCCACCACCCCUCAUGGAUUUUGGUGGUGACAGUGAACCUUUUGGCAGAAUGGAGUUUGGGAAUAAUAAAAUGGGAAAUUUUCCUGAAGGAAGAUUUAUGCCAGAGCCGAAUUUCAGUGGUGGUUCUGAACGUGUUGUUCCUAUUCUGUUGAAAAAUUUACCUUUCAAAGCUACUCCUAAUGAGAUUCUGGAUUUUUUCUAUGGCUACAGAGUGAUACCAGAAUCAGUUUCUGUGCAGUACAAUGAACAAGGAUUACCUUCUGGUGAUGCCAUCGUUGCUAUGACAAACUAUGAGGAAGCUAUGGCUGCUAUUAAUGAACUGAAUGAUAGGCCCAUUGGUCCACGGAAAGUUAAGUUGAGUUUGCUGUAAAGGAGGAAGAGAUGCUCUAAUAACACAUUCUAGGUUUGACAGUAUUGACAGUUAAUUUAACUUUUAAUUCCUGGAAGAUGUUAAAAAAACAGUUUCCAUCAACGGUUGUAAAUAAUACUCAGUUCAGUUGUUUAGCAUUUGGUUGAAAUAUCUGUAGGACACUGAAUGUCCUACAAGGUAUAAAGGGAURGAGUUGUAAUGCUUUGGGUUUGUUUUUUUUUGUUUUGUUUUUUUUUUAGUUUGUUUUAAUUCCAGUUUUAUGUCUUUGCAUCAAAUAAAAAUAUAAGUGCUGGUUGACUGACCACACAAACGGUUCAAACAGAAAAUUUUCAGUGCUACCUGCAUUAGUAAAUAACACUUCUUACUGAGGUUAGCUUAAUGAAACUUAAAAAAAUUACUGAUUUUUUUUUUGUUUGUUUUCAUGUAAACUCUACAGGUUUUAUUCGGUUUCAUGUGUUUGCAGGCAUUCCUGUURAAGAGCUUCCUGUUCUCAUUAGCUGGCUUUGCAACUUUUUUAAAAUAAAAAAAGAAAUUGCCGUUUAAAUGUGUGUCUUAUAUUUAAAAGUUGUACAGUUAAUGAUCUCAACUAUUGUGGUCUGCAGAUCUGGGUCUAGGUGAGAAUAAUGCUGAGUGCUUCCUCUGGAAAGAGUGUAUKUGCAGUUUGUCAACACAGCAAAGAAUAGCUAGUUUACAGAUUGCAGAGACUAUUCUCAGUU